UUGUUUCGUCCUCCAGCCAAUUCGAGGAUUCCAGUUUCUCUAACCUCAUCCUCGUUUUGCUCUGACGCUCUCCACGAUCCUUUGUCGUCCACGCGAUAUUCUUCAUUCACUCUCCUACUUUCGCCCUUCAUUCCUGCUUAUCUUUCCCUGCCCUUCCCCUCUCUCUACUGUCAGAGAGAGCGAAGCGGCCGAGGUUAAGGGAAAGUCAAGCACCGACAGGUAUAUUGGAUGGCUGUUACAUCUUUCGGAAGUACAUCUGUUGCACAAUGGGGAGUUCGUCCUCAGUUUUUCUUGAGAUCCUGUUUGAGUGGAAAGGGUGUAUCGUCUGGUUACGAUGUGUCAAGCAGGGUUAGUUUAAUGGCUUCCGUGAGUUCAAGUUUUUUGUCUCGGGGUUCCUUGCACCUCCUAUUUGGCCUGGGUUCAUCUCAAACAUUACAUCGUCACAAGGGAUCAAGGUUGAUAGUUAGAGCAGAUACCGAUUACUAUUCUGUCCUUGGGGUGUCAAGAAAUGCCAGUAAAUCUGAAAUUAAGAGUGCUUAUCGUAAACUUGCUCGGAAUUAUCACCCGGAUGUGAACAAAGAACCUGGAGCAGAACAGAAAUUUAAGGAAAUCAGCAAUGCAUAUGAGGUCUUAUCAGAUGAUGAGAAGAGAUCCAUAUAUGACACAUAUGGAGAGGCAGGGCUUAAAGGUUCUGGAAUGGGCAUGGGAGAUUUCAGUAAUCCUUUUGAUCUGUUUGAGACGCUGUUUGAGGGCAUGGGCAUGAAUCGUGGCAUGAACAACAGAGGCUCUUGGAAUGGAGCUGUUGAUGGUGAAGAUGAAUAUUACAGUCUUGUCUUGAACUUUAAAGAAGCAGUUUUUGGAGUAGAAAAAGAGGUAGAGAUAAGCCGACUAGAGAAUUGUGGAACUUGCAACGGUACUGGGGCUAAGCCUGGGACCACGCCAACCAGAUGUGGUACCUGUGGAGGCCAAGGCAGGGUUGUCUCAUCAACGAGGACACCGUUGGGUAUUUUCCAGCAGUCAAUGAUAUGCUCUUCGUGUAAUGGAACCGGAGAAAUUUCAACCCCUUGCAAUACAUGUUCUGGGGAUGGUCGAGUGAGGAGAACAAAGCGUAUAAGUCUGAAAGUUCCACCAGGUGUGGACUCUGGUAGCCGUUUAAGGGUCCGAAAUGAAGGAAAUGCUGGAAGACGAGGCGGUUCUCCGGGCGAUCUUUUUGUUGUCAUUGAAGUCAUUCCAGAUCCUGUUCUUAAGCGGGAUGACACUAACAUCCUAUACACUUGUAAGGUGUCAUACAUUGAUGCAAUCUUGGGGACUACAAUCAAAGUUCCUACCGUAGACGGAAUGGUUGAUCUAAAAAUCCCAGCUGGGACCCAACCCAACACGACACUUGUCAUGGCAAAGAAAGGUGUUCCCUUUCUUAAUAAAAGCAGUAUGAGGGGGGAUCAAUUGGUUCGUGUGCAAGUUGAAAUACCUAAAAAACUAAACAGUGAAGAGAGGAAGCUUAUUGAGGAGCUUGCUGAUCUAAGCAAAGGCAAGGCUGCGGCAAGUAGGAGGUAAUUUUUGUGGGGUCCUACGUGUCGAUAUGAUGCAUUUAUAACCCCAUAAAUAUGAUUAUCCUGGUGCAUUCAACUUUGUUCACAAGGACACUUGUGGUGAACUCGUUCGCAGAUCUUAGAAAAUGUAGGGUGGUGAAAAAAUGUAUUGGUAGUGUAGGUAUAGGUCUCGUAAACAAAGGCCUGAUGCAGAGCAGAAAUUAUAGAUCUCUUGGUUCAUUGGAAAAGUUUGGAACUUUAUAGGUUUCUAUGUGUUUUCUUCUUUCUUUGUGUUAUAAAUCACAUCUGGGAUGCAAUGUCAUCUCCAAAUUAAAUUCAUGAAGUUCUUUGAUAAAUUUGAAUCAAAAUAAAUACAUUUCCGAGUACAGAUUACUUUGGGAA